AUGGUUGUGCCUCCGCUUUUCUACCCUCUUCCUUCUCGUCACUCGGAUUCACUGAGCGACACAACUUUGGCAGAUCGACAGCUCUCUGAUCUCUCUAACAAAUCUAUACAUCCUUGCUAUAGAAAUGAUCAGGAGCGUCCUCGUCGGUGGCUUGUGAGCUUCAAAUCAAAACUCAAUCCUAAAGUCGUGGGCAAGAAGAAAGCCACACGGAAUCGCCUUCUUGUUUCCCUCCUUCUUAUCAUCAUUGUGGGUGGUAUUGCUGUACUAGUGUGGUUCUCGCUCGUCCUUACACUGAUUGAUCGACUCAGACCCUCGGUCCCUUCGAAUGGACUACAAAGAAUUGUCCAGACAUGGAAACAACCCUCGGAUUCAGUCACUGCACUAAAUCCCUGGCCAAAAGACUUCAGUCAAGGGAUCACACCUGUAUCCUGUCACUCGCAUAAUGACUACUGGCGUUCAGUCCCUCUAUACGAGGCUAUUGCAGCAGGAUGUACAGGUGUAGAGGCGGAUGUUUGGCUCGACGGCAACAGCCUUCUUGUUGGCCAUCGGAAGAACUCUUUAUCAUCGGAUCGUACACUAAACAGUCUUUACGUUGACCCAUUGACAACAAUGCUUUCCAACCUGAACACCAACUCAUCCACGAAUACCUCAGUUGGCAUCUUCGACCUUGACCCCACGGCAACCCUCAGCCUCCUCAUUGACAUCAAGACAGACGGGAAUGCCACAUGGCCAGUCAUCCUCCAUCAACUAGCUCCCUUAAUAUCCGGCGGCUGGUUAUCCUACUGGAAUGGAACCAGCAAGACGCUAGUUCGCGGCCCUAUCACCGUCGUCGGGACCGGAAAUACAUUAUUCGAUCAGGUAGUUGCAGAACACGAUCGAUACGUGUUCUUCGACGCCCCCCUGGACGAGAUCUCGCAGAACUCUACAUACACAACAGGAAACUCUUACUACGCCAGCGCCUCUUUGAAGAAAGCAGUCGGAACUGUAUGGGCAUGGGGCCCAACAGAAGACCAGAAGCGGACUAUGGAGAAAAUGAUUAGCGCGGCUUCAGAAAGAGGCUUGGUCUCUCGGUUCUGGAGUAUCCCUUCCUGGCCUGUGAGUCUGCGUAUGAAACUCUGGCAAUUUCUGGUUGACAGUAAAAUCGGCAUGUUGAAUGUGGACGAUGUGGUUCAGGCGACUAGAUGGAAUUGGGACUGGUGUAUUGUGGCGGGGUUGGUGUUGUGUUAA